UAUCGUCGUCGUUGUCCUCCAGUCCGGCAGAGGGCGCUGUUCGCUCUGCGCUUCGACCCGGAACUCGGUGUCUCUGUUUCCUCCCGCUCGCUCUCUUUGUUCGCUCCGAGCCUCGAGGUGCAGAAGAGGAGCAACAUGUUCGCCGCGCAGCUGCUGCGAGUGUCGGUACAUGAGCGGAUCGGCGCCGCCGCUGAAGACUUCCUGCUGCAGGUGGAGAAAGGAGAAGAAGCGGCUCGAGUCCCGGCGCUGAGAGCGCUGCUCACCGAGCGGCUAACGGCGGCGGCGGAGGAGAUCGUCGGUCUGUUGGAGGAAACCGUGGCGGAGUACGAAGACCGAGUGGAGCGGUCCGAGCGGGAGAUCUGCCGCCAGAGGAGGCUGCUCGAUGCCGUGCUGAAGCCCGAAGUCAGGCUGCACCGAGCAGACGUCCAGCAACUGGUGGUGGGUAAAGAAGAGUUUCCCCUUGAGCAGCAGCAGUGGAGCCCCAGUGUGAAGCAGGAGGAUCCAGAGACCCCCCACAUCAAAGAGGAACAGGAGGAAGUGUGGAGCAGUCAGGAGGGAGAGCAUCUUCAAUGCCCGGAGGAGGCUGAUAUCAUCAAGUUCACUGUGAAGAGUGAAGAAGAUGAAAAGAUACCUCAGUCCUCACAGCUUCAUCAGAGACUGACUGAGGAGAACAGAGAGGACUGUGGAGGACCAGAACCAGCCAGGAACUCAGGUCUUAAUGGACAUUUAGAACCAGGUCCUGAGGACCAGACUGAUGACAGUGAAGAUGAUUGGAAGGAGACCAGAGAACCAUCAGGUUCAAAGAAAAUAAAAAAUAGUAAAGUAUCUGCUGGUGAUAUGAGACGUAGUACUGGUGAGAAACCAUUUAGAUGUUGUGAGUGUGGUAAAAUAUUUAGACAUAAGCAAACGCUCAAGAGACAUAUGAUGAUUCAUACUGAAGAGAAACCAUAUAGCUGUUCUGAGUGUGGUCAAAUAUUUAGGCUAAAGGGAAACCUGCAGAAACAUAUGUUGAUUCAUUCAGUAGAGAAACCACAUUGCUGUUCUGAGUGUGGUCAAAGAUUUAGCCGAAAGCAAUAUCUGAAGAGGCAUAUGAUGAUUCAUAUAGGAGAGAAACCAUUUAGUUGCAGAGUUUGCAACAAAAGAUUUAACUGGAAUCAUCAGCAAAAAAGACAUCAGUGUGUUGGUGAGUCCUCAAAGAUUCAGAGUCAGACUGAGGAGAAUGGAGAGGACUGUGGAGGACCAGAGACAGCCAGGAACUCAGGUCCUGAUGGACAUUUAGAACAAGAUACUGUGAAGGAGGAGCCAGAGCACCCCCACAUUAAAGAGGAGCAGGAGGAAGAGUGGAGCAGUCAGGAGGGAGAGCAGCUUCAAGGGCUGGAGGAGGCUGUUGUCAUCAAGUUCACUGUGAAGAGUGAAGAAGAUGAAGAGAAUACUCAGUCCUCACAGCUUCGUCAGACUCAGACUGAGGAGAACAGAGAGGACUGUGGAGGACCAGAAUCAGCCAGGAACUUAGGACCUAAGGCUGACAUCAGUGAUGAGGACUGGAAGGAGAUCAGAGAACCAUCAGGUUCAAAUACACUCAAAAACAGUGAAGUGUCUGCUGGUGAUAUGAGAUUUAGUACUUGUGAGAAACCAUUUAGUUGCUUAGAAUGUGGUCAAAGAUUUAAGUAUACAGGAAGCCUGCGGAAACAUUUGUGUGACCAUACAGACCAUACCUACGGUCGAAACACAGAAGACAAACCAUUUAGUUGUUCUGAGUGUGGUCAAAGAUUUAGGCAAAGGGGUGUCAUGCUGAGACAUAUGUUGAUUCACACAGGACAGAAACAAUUUAGUUGUUCUGAGUGUGGUAACCUAUUUAGACAAAAGAUAGACAUGUUAAGACAUAUGAUGAUUCAUACAGAAGACAAACCAUUUAGUUGUUCUGAGUGUGGUCAAAGAUUUAGGCAAAAGGGAGUCAUGCAGAGACAUAUGUUGAUUCAUACAGGACAGAAACAAUUUAGUUGUUCUGAGUGUGGUAACCGAUUUAGACAAAAGGCAAGCCUGCUAAGACACAUGAUGAUUCAUACAGAAGACAAAUACACCUGACUGACUGACUCAUUGGCUGGUUUCUUGAAUAAUCAGCGGGAUUAAUAAGAAGACAUCUCCAGCAGUGGACAGUAGCCUCUCUGCUGCCCUUAUAUAUAAAAAUAUGUCUGAAAAUUAACUUAAUUAAUUGAUUUUUUUAAGAACACAACACAUUUGAAUGAUUUUGGAAAUUAAAUGAAAAUUAUAUUACAGAAUAAUGAUCUUAACGUUUUGAGGGAAGAUCAUUGGGAUACAUUGAAAUAUCCUCAGAAUAUAAUCUGUUCAUAAUUUUCUACAAAUUGCAGCUGGGAUCAAUUUCACUGUUUAUCUUCAUUACAGUUAAUUUUUCUGUGCUUUUGUUUUUUAUGCAAAGAAUCAUAUUUUCAAUGCUAUUUUUCACUUUUUUGUAAUGCAUGUGGGGAGUGGUCAGUGUCCAUACAACACAUAUGUUUAAAGAAUAUUAAUGUUGAUGAUCAUCAUUCAUAUCCAUACAUGUGUUUAUGAUUAAAUUCCUUACUACAGCAAAGAA